AUGUUGAACAUGAAAGAGAUGGCUGCUGCAGAGGCAGUGAAGGAAUUUUCCCUGUUGUCGACCCAUGCCCUUGAUAAUGACGAUAUCGAUGGAACCUCGAAGCCCGACCACGACUUGGACACCGCUCCGCUCAUUACGCGCGAUGCAUUCGAUACCGGCGACUUCGCUGCGCGCUCUACUCAAUAUGGUGUGUUCGGUAGCAUUGUCUCUACGCAUGACAAGAGCAAAGUAGGAACUUCUCUCGACCCUAGGAUAUAUGUCAACACAAACGCACCUCUGUCUGCCAUUAUUUGUGGCGUGCAAGGGGCGGGCAAGUCCCACACCGUGUCGGUGCUGCUCGAGAACAUGUUCAUUCCGAAGGUUCCCGAAAUUGGCUCCCUCGCAAAGCCCCUGUCGGGCCUCAUUCUACACUAUGGCGAGGCGGGUGCCAGUGCGCACCCGUGCGAGGCCGCCUCAAUUGGGUCGUCGACCAUCGCGGGCGUUACGCCACCAAAGAUCAAGGUCUUCGUCUCGCCCUCGUCACUCGAUCGCAUGAAGGUGCUCUAUGCUCCUCUGGGGAAGAGCGUUACCGUCCUUCCUCUGCUGCUUACAGAGACUGAGCUCGACGCUGCUGCAAUUCUGAGCAUGAUGGCAGUUGGUGGCGCCGAGGGCGCACCCUUGUACAUUCAGAUCAUCUUGUCUAUACUUCGCACCCUCGGUUCGAAGUUCACGUUCUCUGCUUUCAAGACGCAGCUGGAUGUGCAAAAGAAGACGUUCAAUCCCGCACAACUCGCCGGCCUGGAGCAGCGCAUGUCGAUUCUGAACGCGUUCAUGACGGUAAAGCCGAAGGAAGUUGCUGAGCAGCAGAAUCGUUUCGCGGCGGGCCAGGUUACCAUUGUCGACCUGUCUGACCUCUUCAUCGACUCGGGCUCGGCCUGCAGCCUCUUCGAGAUCGUCAAUCGUCUAUUCAUUCGCGCGGACGUCGGCACGGGCAAGGUGCUUCUCGUGGACGAGGCUCACAAGUACCUGUCUACGCACAAGGCGUCCUCCGGCCUAACCAAGUCAUUGCUUACCCUCAUCCGCGAGCAGCGCCAUCACGGUCUGAGAGUGAUAAUAAGCACGCAGGAGCCCACUGUCGUCCCGCCAGUGCUACUCGAUCUUUGUAGCGUAGCGAUCCUUCAUCGCUUCUCUUCUCCAUCAUGGUGGGCUCACAUCUGUGACCACGUCUCCGCCGAUUUCGCAGGCAGCGACGCCUUUGACAAGAUCGUGCGCCUCAAGACUGGCGAGGCUAUCGUGCUGGCGCCAUCUGCGUUGGGCAUCUUUGGAGGUCUUAAAUCGAACGAACCAACGCCGGAGCUCGAGCAAUUUGGCCGCCGAUACCUCAUCACGCGUACGCGCCGGAGGAUAACUGCUGAUGGAGGAGCGUCAAUUCUCGUCGUGUAAACCUUUCUGGUCGAUACUGGCGCCUUGGUCUUGAAGAGUGGCAGCGUUCUUGUCAUUGCAUUUAGUUUUCCCCUUGUUUUCGCCAGCAAUUUGUCUUGUACAUUCCUCUAUCGCUUUGUGUAUACCAUCUAUGUAUCUCUCUUUCCCUUGAUCAGUGAG